AUGUCUGCGAUGUUCAUUCCCAUUGUUGCAGCUCUCCUUUUAGGGCAGGUUGCAGCCAAAGUUCCGGUGGCAUUUAGUUCCCCUGUGGCGAGCAGUCAAGUUCAAUUCCAGACACAGGCCGGUGCAUACUGCCACACAAAGUUAGGAACCAGCUCUAUCCCUGGUGUCCUGCCUACUUCGACAAUCACUCGCACUCGCCAUGAUCCUACUCCUGUCAUCAUCACGUCGACCACCCAGGGCACUGUCACUGAGAUCCCUGCUUUGGUGACGGUGACAGUGACCGACUAUGUCACGACCACCACAACGAGCACUGCUGAUAGCGUCACUGAUACUUUCUCAACCACCUCAACCGAGCUCAUUACAUCCACCCUGAUUCUUACUCCUCCCGCGGUCACUGCCACCGUCGCCGUAACCGUUACGACGACGAGCACGUACACCUCUACUAUUCCCACCUCAGAUGGCUUCACUCCACUCGCAAAGACUCUGCCCACCAGCACGGCGGCCAAACGAUCUCUACUCAGCACUGAGGAAGAAGACUGUGCCGCGUGGUUGGAUGACUAUCAAUAUCCCCAAGCUGUUGAGUGCCACCAGAAGAUUGUGUUGAAAACCACCAGCGUGGAGACGGUGACUGCUGUGCCCAUCACCACCACGCUCAAGGGCUCGACCACGACAACGACCGUGACCAGCACUAUCACCACCUCCUCCGUGGUUGUUCCCAGUGCCGUCUCGAUCACGCUCAGUUACAGCACUACCUCCACUAUCACCGAGUCUUCGACCGUCGCGGCCGUGACAACCACCGUCACCACGGCCAACACUGUCUCGGUCGCGACCAGCACUACCAUGCUAAACGCAUGCGCCACUAACAACGUCGCCGGACUACCUCUGUCCUCAGACUACGGUAACUUUGCGGGCCAAUACAUGUAUCUCGUUUCCUUCACCAACAUUCCCGGCGAGAGCUUGACCGUGGGCAACGCCGCUUCGGCCUACGACUGCUGUGUCAGCUGCCAGGAGUCCAACACCUGUGCCAUGUCGUACUACAACCACGUUUCGUCCGCCGUCACGUACUGCUAUCUGAUCCACACCACCUCCUGCAACUCUGCUUCGACCUAUGCAAAGGCCUCUCUUCACAGCUCUCCCGCCACUAUUCAGAUGUCCAACGGCCCGUGUGGUCAUGUUCAGGGUGUACAAAAUGCUUAG